AUGGCCGAACCACCAAUUCUAUCAGCUCCAAAACCCGGGGAGGUUCUUAUUAUGUAUUUGGCAAUUUCUAAUAUAGCGACAAGUGUAGCAUUGAUUAGAAAGGAAGGAAAGAGGCAAUAUCCAGUCUUCUACACAAGUAAGACCAUGACAGAUGCGGAGACGCGAUAUAGUAAAGCAGAAAAAGUCAUCUCAGCCUUGAUCUAUGCCAAAAGGAAGCUUCGGCAUUAUUUUGAAUCUUAUAGUAUUGUGGUAGUCACCAACUAUCCUAUAUGGGGUAUACUCUCCAAGCCCGAUUUAUCUGGGAGAAUUACCAAGUGGGCUAUCGAGCUUAGUUCCUUCGACAUAACUUAUGAGCCAAGGGUGUCGCACAAAGGACAAGCCGUAGCAGACUUUCUUCUCGAGUAUGAAGAUACUCCCAAAGAGCCGGCACACCCUGAACCACAGUGGGAACUUCGAGUCGAUGUCUCCUUGAAUCAAGCAAGUGCAGGGGUAGGCGUUGUAAUGACAACACCCGAAGGCACCAAGCUGCAGCAAUCUAUCUGUUUGAAGUUCCCAACUACGAAUAAUGAGGCCGAGUACGAGGCAUUACUUGCUGGUCUUCGAUUGGCUAGCAGCCUCCAGGUACGUUGCUUAAAGGUUUUUAGUGACUCGCAGCUUAUUAUAAAUCAAGUGACAGGUCAGUACCAUCCCAAAGAGGAAAGAAUGAAAGCAUAUAAAGAAGCUGUAGAGAACGUUGCAUGGGGAUUCGAUCAGAUCAAAUUCUAUCAGGUACCUCGUGUUGAGAAUGCCGAAGCAGAUCAAUUGGCCACAUCAGCAUCAUCCUCAAAUGAAGAUCUGACUCGGAUUGUGCCGAUUGACGUUCUGGAUGAGCACAGCAUUAAUGCUCUACAGGAAGUAAUGAAGUCCGAAGCACAGAAGCUCCGCCUCACCACAACUAAAUAUGCCAUCAUUAACAAUCAGUUAUACCGAAAGUCAUUCUCAGGUCCUUACCUGAAAUGUUUAAGCCCUACUGAGGCUCUUGUGGUGUUGCAACAAAUCCAUGAUGAAGAUUGUGGCAACCAUUCUGGGGCUAGAUCCCUCGCGCAUAAAGUCCUGACUCAAGGUUACUUCUGGCCGUACUUGGCCCAGAAUGCAGAAGAGUAUACUCAGAGGUGUGACAAAUGUCAACGCCACGAUCCCAUGAAGCAUCAACCUGCCGAAGAUUUGCACGCAAUGACAAAUCCAUGGCCAUUCGCACAAUGGGGGAUUGAUAUGGUGGGCCUGUUACCCAAGACUGUGGAACAAAAGGAGUACAUGCUACUGGUUAUAGAUUAUUUCACUAAAUGGGUAAAAGCCGAUGCCUACUCAAGUGUAACCCAUAAGCAGGUAAAAAGUUUCCUUUGGAACAACAUCAUUUGUCGGUUUGGGGUCCCAAAAGUCAUUAUGAUGGACAAUGGUAAGAACCUCGACAAUAGAAGUACAAGAAAAUUUUUUGUUGAGCAUGGAAUUAUACAAAAGUUAGCUGCAGUGCUUUGGGCGUACCGAACCACACCACGGCGGCCCUCGGGGGAGAGUCCCUUUGCUAUGGCUUAUGGCUCUGAAGCAGUGAUUCCAACCGAAGCGGCGAUUCCAACAUUUCGAACAUCCUUGUUGCUUGAAGGAAACAAUAGUCAGCAGCUUGAACAUAGUCUUGACCUCCUCGAUGAAAAAAAGGAUGCUACAGCAAUUAGGCUUGCUUCAUAUCAGCAGCAGCUGUGCAACAGUUAUAACAAACGUGUCAGAUUCUAG